ACAAAAUCCGGCUCUUAUCCCUCUCAUACUAGCUGCCGCAGGUGGUGUUACCGCUGGUAUUACAUAUGCUGGAUACACUUUAGCAAAAAGCCCUGAAGUAGUUAUUAGUAGGUUCGGUCCACAACAACCUUGGAAUAAUAUUAAACAACAUGAAAAUCCAAAG